AUGCGGCUGAUGGGCUGCGUUUCUAGCGCCGGCGCGGAUGCGGAAGGCCGCGAGGCGCGGAAAGUCAACAAACAGAUCGAGGAGCAGCUCGCCAAGGACAAGCAGGUCAUGCGCGCCACACAUCGAUUGUUAUUGCUCGGUGCAGGUGAGAGCGGUAAGAGCACGAUUGUGAAGCAAAUGCGGAUAUUGCAUAUAAAUGGCUUCAAUGACGCCGAGAAAAUGGAGAAGAUUAAGGAUAUUCGGAGAAACAUACGAGACUCAAUGCAGGUAAUUCUGCGCGCCAUGAGCACGAUCGAUCCACGAGUGUUCCUGGACAAUCCAAGCACUCAGGCGAGCGUGGACUACGUAUUAAACUCUGUUAACGAAGUCGAUGGCGAAUUCUCACAGGAAUUCUAUGACCAUGUGGCCAAGUGCUGGGUUGAUAAAGGUGUGCAGGCAUGCUAUGAGCGGAGCAGUGAGUAUCAGCUGAUCGAUUGUGCGAAAUACUUCCUAGAUAAGAUCGACGUCGUCCGCCAGCCCAAUUAUGACCCUUCAGAACAGGACAUACUCCGGUGUCGUGUCAUGACGACGGGUAUUUUUGAAACAAAGUUCGAAGUUGAUAAAGUCCGUUUUCAUAUGUUUGAUGUGGGUGGCCAGCGUGAUGAACGGCGAAAGUGGAUACAAUGUUUCAAUGAUGUUACAGCAAUCAUUUUCGUUUGCGCAUCAUCGUCGUACAAUCUUGUUCUAUGGGAGGACAGCACACAGAAUCGAUUGCGAGAAUCGCUCUCUUUGUUCAAAAAUAUUUGGAAUAAUCGCUGGUUGAAAACGAUUUCUGUCAUCUUGUUCUUGAACAAGCAGGAUCUGCUAUCUGAAAAGAUCAAAGCCAAGCGAUAUUUGCUGGAGUCUUAUUUCCCAGAAUUCGCAAGCUAUCAGUUGCCCUCUGAUGCUGUUUUCGAUGCAGCGGAUGAUAAAGAUGUAGUGAGAGCGAAAUACUUUAUCAGAGGAGAAUUUUUGAGAAUCUCAACGGCGGCCGGCGACGGUCGACAUCAUUGCUAUCCACACUUUACAUGUGCUGUUGACACGGAAAACAUUCGACGGGUGUUCAAUGACUGUCGCGAUAUCAUUCAGCGCAUUCAUCUUCGACAAUACGAGCUUUUGUAG